AUGACAAGAAAGCGAGAUGCCUUUGAGCGUCCUGGAGAUUCUGUUAGCCCAAGAAAGCGCCAUCAAAAGGAACAAGGGGAGGACUAUUUGGUCCAUCUGAAGUAUUCUGACGAUGUUCGAGUUCACAACAUUGUAGAUUUCAUCAAUCGAACUGUGCAAAAGGAAUGGAAAUUCAGUGUCGGUCAUCGUGAUGGUGCAAUUGUGAAUCAUCGUGCUGAUUCUGAAGAGGGAUGGAUCUUGGAAGCUGUCUCAUCUGAUUUGGCCAAGAAAGUGUGCAAUCUGAACGGUAUGUACUACAAGCACCAGCCUUUGAAGAUUCAGAAGUAUGGUGCUCUUACCUCGCCAAGCAAAUUUUGCUGGAACGAGUACCAUUACAAGCGUUAUGGGAAGAACGACCAUUUUGUGGAGCACAACAUCCUGGCGACCAUUCUCAAUUCGGAAGCAGGAGGCACCGACAUUGAUGCUUUGAAACUUCAGACUAUGCUGAAUGAAAAGAUGGAGGAGUUCAAGUUGGCCAGUACGAAUACUCCCAUUGUCAAAAGUAUCAAGAUUGACAGUGAAGAUGGCAACGGCAAAUUCUUGCUCAGUAUGCGUACGGAGCGCUAUGCAAGUCGUUUGACUUACCUGAACCAUAUCAACAUUGGCAAUCAUUCAAUCGCUCUUACUAGGCUUCCUGAAUGGAAGGGUGAGAAACCAAGAUACCUGAACUACGACGAGUUUCGCAAGGACCACCAACACAAUGAAUUAGGCUCCAAGCCUGCUGCAGUUGAAAAGGCUCAAGCGGUCACGAUUGUCAUUGAAGAGAGUAAAGAGCUUGAGGUAGCCAUUGCAGCACAAGGUUCCAUGAAGGCCAUCAUUGCCAAGCAAGCCGCGAAUGCAAAGGACUUGCGCUCUUCCCUGAAAAUUGCAAAUGAUAAAUUAGUGCAAAAGGACGAACGCAUUGCUCAGCUCGAAAAGGUAAUGGAAGAGCAAACGCAACUUUUGGAGGACAAGUGCGAGAGCAUGAAGACCAUCAUUGCCAAGCAAACAGCAGAUGCGAAGAAAGCAAGUAAUUCCUUAAAGCUCGCGAAAGAGAAAUCAGCACAAAAAGACGAACGCAUAGCACAACUUCAAACAAUUGUGAAAAAACAGAAGAAAGAUCUGGAGGAUGAGCGAGACAAGGUGUCAAGCAAAGAAGAAGAAGUGGGAAUUCUUCGACAGAACCUAGCCUUUCAAAAGGAUGAAAUAGAAGAGCAGUGUCGAAUUGUUACAUCCAAGGAAGAGGAAACAGCAAAGUUGAAUGGCAAUGUUGAGCGUCUUUCGGACGAAUUGGACAGUACUGUCGUGAAACUCGACGCAGUUCAUCAGAGUUGGAGCGAUCAAGUCCUGAUGCUCGAAGCCAAAGACAAGCAGAUUGCAAUUAUGAAUGCCAAAUUCGAGAAACUUCGCGGGGCCUUUUUGUGGCAACCCGGCAUGGAUGCAAAGGAAAAGGCGGAAUUGCAGGAAUUGAAGGGAGGUAUUUAUAGGGAUUAG